CAGGUUUCUGCAUAUGAAGUGUGUAAAAUAGAUUGCUUGAUCUAAAACAGAAAAACAGCGGUAACUGUUUUGCUGAGUUCCCAGACCCUUCCCAAGAUGGAACCAAUAACAUUCACGGCAAGGAAACAUCCGCUUCCUAACGAGGUCUCGGUGGACUUUGGCCUGCAGCUGGUGGGCUCCCUGCCUGUGCAUUCCCUGACCACCAUGCCCAUGCUGCCCUGGGUUGUGGCCGAGGUGCGAAGACUCAGCAGGCAGUCCUCCAGAAAGGAACCUGUAACCAAGCAAGUCCGACUUUGCGUUUCUCCCUCUGGACUGAGAUGUGAACCUGAGCCAGGGAGAAGUCAACAGUGGGAUCCCCUGAUCUGUUCCAGCAUCUUUGAGUGCAAGCCUCAGCAUGUUCACAAACUGAUUCACAACAGUCAUGACCCAAGUUACUUUGCUUGUCUGAUUAAGGAAGACACCGUCCAUCGGCAGAGUAUCUGCCAUGUGUUCAAAGCCGACGAUCAAACAAAAGUGCCUGAGAUCAUCAGCUCCAUCCGUCAGGCGGGGAAGAUCGCCCGGCAGGAGGAGCUGCACUGCCCUUCUGAGUUCGAUGACACGUUUUCCAAGAAGUUCGAGGUGCUCUUCUGCGGCCGCGUGACAGUGGCGCACAAGAAGGCUCCGCCGGCCUUGAUCGACGAGUGCAUCGAGAAGUUCAAUCACGUCAGCGGCAGCCUGGGGUCCGAGAGCCCCCGCCCCGCCCCGCCCCAUGCCGCGCCCACAGGGAGCCAGGAGCCUGGGCGCAGGCCCAUGCGCAAGUCUUUCUCCCAGCCCGGCCUGCGCUCUCUGGCCUUUAGGAAGGAGCUGCAGGAUGGGGGGCUCCGAAGCAGCGGCUUCUUCAGCUCCUUCGAGGAGAGCGACAUUGAGAACCACCUCAUUAGCGGACACAAUAUUGUGCAGCCCACAGAUAUCGAGGAAAAUCGAACUAUGCUCUUCACGAUUGGCCAGUCUGAAGUUUACCUCAUCAGUCCUGACACCAAAAAAAUAGCAUUGGAGAAAAAUUUUAAGGAGAUAUCCUUUUGCUCUCAGGGCAUCAGACAUGUGGACCACUUUGGAUUUAUCUGCCGGGAGUCUUCUGGAGGUGGCGGCUUUCAUUUUGUCUGUUACGUGUUUCAGUGCACAAAUGAGGCUCUGGUGGACGAAAUUAUGAUGACCCUGAAACAGGCUUUCACGGUGGCCGCAGUGCAGCAGACGGCUAAGGCGCCAGCCCAGCUGUGCGAGGGCUGCCCCCUGCAGGGCCUGCACAAGCUCUGCGAGAGGAUAGAGGGAAUGAAUUCUUCCAAAACAAAACUAGAACUGCAAAAGCACCUGACAACAUUAACCAAUCAGGAGCAGGCGACUAUUUUUGAAGAGGUUCAGAAAUUGAGACCAAGAAAUGAACAGCGAGAGAAUGAAUUGAUUAUUUCUUUUCUGAGAUGUUUAUAUGAAGAGAAACAGAAAGAACACAUCCAUAUUGGGGAGAUGAAGCAGACAUCGCAGAUUGCAGCAGAGAAUAUCGGAAGUGAAUUACCACCCAGUGCCACUCGAUUUAGGCUAGAUCUGCUGAAAAACAAAGCAAAGAGAUCUUUAACAGAGUCUUUAGAAAGUAUUUUGUCCCGGGGUAAUAAAGCCAGAGGCCUGCAGGAACACUCCAGCAGUGUGGAUCUGGAUAGCUCCCUGUCUAGUACAUUAAGUAACACCAGCAAAGAGCCAUCUGUGUGUGAAAAGGAGGCCUUGCCCAUCUCUGAGAGCUCCUUUAAGCUCCUCGGCUCCUCGGAGGACCUGUCCAGUGACUCGGAGAGUCAUCUCCCAGAAGAGCCAGCUCCGCUGUCGCCCCAGCAGGCCUUCAGGAGGCGAGCAAAUACCCUGAGUCACUUCCCCAUGGAAUGCCAGGAACCUCCACAACCUGCCCGGGGGUCCCCGGGGGUUUCGCAGAGGAAACUUAUGAGGUAUCACUCAGUGAGCACAGAGACGCCUCAUGAACGAAAUGUGGAUCCUUCACCUGUGGGUGAGUCUAAGCACCGCCCAGGUCAGUCUUCAGCUCCUGCUCCUCCACCUCGUCUUAACCCCUCCGCCUCCUCGCCAAACUUUUUUAAGUACUUAAAACAUAAUUCCAGUGGAGAACAAAGUGGGAAUGCUGUGCCAAAGAGCAUCUCCUACCGUAAUGCCCUGCGGAAAAAACUUCAUUCUUCUUCCUCUGUGCCAAAUUUUCUAAAAUUUCUGGCUCCUGUAGAUGAAAAUAACACCUCUGACUUUAUGAACACCAAAAGGGACUUUGAAUCCAAAGCAAACCAUCUUGGUGAUUCUGGUGGGACCCCUGUGAAGACCCGGAGGCACUCCUGGAGGCAGCAGAUAUUCCUCCGAGUAGCCACCCCGCAGAAGGCGUGCGAUGCUUCCAGCAGAUACGAAGAUUAUUCAGAGCUGGGAGAGCUUCCCCCACGAUCUCCUUUAGAACCAGUUUGUGAAGAUGGGCCCUUUGGGCCCCCGCCAGAGGAAAAGAAAAGGACAUCUCGUGAGCUCCGAGAGCUGUGGCAAAAGGCUAUUCUUCAACAGAUACUGCUGCUCAGAAUGGAGAAGGAAAAUCAGAAGCUCCAAGCCUCCGAAAAUGAUUUGCUGAACAAACGCCUGAAGCUCGAUUACGAAGAAAUUACUCCCUGUCUUAAAGAAGUAACUACAGUGUGGGAAAAGAUGCUUAGCACUCCAGGAAGAUCAAAAAUUAAGUUUGACAUGGAAAAAAUGCACUCGGCUGUUGGGCAAGGUGUGCCACGUCAUCACCGAGGUGAAAUCUGGAAAUUUCUAGCUGAGCAAUUCCACCUUAAACACCAGUUUCCCAGCAAACAGCAGCCAAAGGAUGUGCCAUACAAAGAACUCUUAAAGCAGUUGACUUCCCAGCAGCAUGCAAUUCUUAUUGACCUUGGGCGAACCUUUCCUACACACCCAUACUUCUCUGCCCAGCUUGGAGCAGGACAGCUGUCGCUUUACAACAUUUUGAAGGCCUACUCACUUCUAGACCAGGAAGUAGGAUAUUGCCAAGGUCUCAGCUUUGUAGCAGGCAUUUUGCUUCUUCAUAUGAGUGAGGAAGAGGCGUUUAAAAUGCUCAAGUUUCUGAUGUUUGACGUGGGGCUGCGGAAACAGUAUCGGCCAGACAUGAUUAUUUUACAGAUCCAGAUGUACCAGCUCUCAAGGUUGCUUCAUGAUUACCACAGAGACCUCUACAAUCACCUGGAGGAGCACGAGAUCGGCCCCAGCCUCUACGCCGCCCCCUGGUUCCUCACCAUGUUUGCCUCACAGUUCCCGCUGGGAUUCGUAGCCAGAGUCUUUGAUAUGAUUUUUCUUCAGGGAACAGAGGUCAUAUUUAAAGUGGCUUUAAGUCUGUUGGGAAGCCAUAAGCCCUUGAUUCUGCAGCAUGAAAACCUAGAAACCAUAGUUGACUUUAUAAAAAACACGCUACCCAACCUGGGCUUGGUACAGAUGGAAAAGACCAUCAAUCAGGUAUUUGAGAUGGACAUUGCUAAACAGUUACAAGCUUAUGAAGUUGAGUACCAUGUCCUUCAAGAAGAACUUAUCGAUUCCUCUCCUCUCAGUGACAACCAAAGAAUGGAUAAACUAGAGAAAACCAACAGCAGCUUACGCAAACAGAACCUUGACCUCCUUGAACAGUUGCAGGUGGCAAAUGGUAGGAUCCAAAGCCUUGAGGCCACCAUUGAGAAGCUCCUGAGCAGCGAGAGCAAGCUGAAGCAGGCCAUGCUUACCUUAGAGCUGGAGCGGUCUGCCCUGCUGCAGACGGUGGAGGAGCUGCGGCGUGGGAGCGCAUCACCCAGCGACCUCCGAGAGCCUGAGUGCACGCAGCCCGAGCCCACGGGCGACUGACAGCUCUGCAGGAGAGAUUGCAACACCAUCCCACACUGUCCAGGCCUUAACUGAGAGGUUCGGAAGACGCUGGAGGGAGAGAAGGAAGCGGAAAGUGUGCUUCUCAGGGAGGAAACCGGCUUGUCAGCAAGUAGAUUCUUACGAACUCCAACUUGCAAUUCAGGGGACAUGUCCCAGUGUUUUUGUUGUUGUUUUUAGAUACUAAAUCGUCCCUUCUCCAGUCCUGAUUACUGUACACAGUAGCUUUAGAUGGCGUGGACGUGAAUAAAUGCAACUUAUGUUUUCUUGUUG